AUGGUGUGUGUGUGUGUGUGUGUGUGUGUGUGUGUGUGUGUGUGUGUGUGUGUGUGUGUGUGUGUGUGUGUGUCAUCAAAUUGUCAGACGGAAAUCACCCAACUGUUGACAACGACUAUUCUGACCACCAAUGGAUUCUACCAUAAUUCAAGCUUUGCAGCACCCAUCAGCAUGGCCAAGAAGAAGAAGGGAGGUCGCCGGCAGGACGACGACUGGGAUGACGAUAAGGUCCCGGAUCCCGUGGCUGCCGCGGCAGCAGCCGCCGGCAGCAACGACGAUGCUGCUGACACGCCCGCGCCCGCGAAUGCCGGCGGCAAGAAGAAGGGUGGCAAAAAGGGCAAGGGCAAGGGCAAGGGCAAGAAGGGCGAUGAUGAUGACGAGUGGGCCGAGGCAGAAGCCAAGGUUCUGAACAAGGCCGACGAUGCGGCCAAGGACGAGUCUGAGGACGAGCCCGAGGGUGCGGCUACCGCGCCCCCGCGCAAGCAGAAGCAGAAGAAGGGCAAGGGCGGUGGCUUUGGUGCGUUGGUCCUGGACGAUGAGGAUGAGGAUGACAAUGCCAGCGACGCCGGAUCGGAUGCAGGCGAGACGGAGAAGCCUUUGGGCUUGGCUCCCGUGAAAGUCCCCGCGAAGAAGAACAAGGGUGGCAAGAAGGGCAAGGGUGCCAAGGGUAAGAAGUCUGAGCCCGAACCCGAAGAAGAGCCCGAAGAGGAACCUGAAGCAGCCGAAGCAGCCGCCGCCGAUGACGUGGAUGACAACGACAACGCCUAUGACGACGACGGCGAGAACAACGGCGAUGACAAUGCCAGCGAUAACGAUAACGAUGAGGAUGGCGAUGGCGAUAGCGAUGACGACGACGACGACGACGCUUCGGGUCGACGCGGCAAGAAGAAAGAGAAAGUGAGCCGCAAGGCACGCAAGAAAGCCGCUCAACAGGCCAAAUUCCAGGCCGAAAUUGCGGCUCGCGAAGCCGACGGUAACUUUAGCGUUGCGCAGCGUGCCAACGCCAACGAUAACGAUGUUCUGGAAAACGCCACCGAUAUCAACAUUGACGCCUUUAGCAUUGCGGCGCGUGGCAAGGACCUCUUUGUGAACGCCCAGCUUAAGGUUGCUGCUGGCCGCCGCUACGGUCUCAUCGGACCCAACGGUCAUGGCAAGACCACUCUCCUGAAGCACAUUGCCGAACGCAAGCUGCGCUUUCCUGCCAACAUUGAUUGCCUUCUUUGCGAGCAGGAGGUUGCAGCUAAUGACCUUCCUGCCGUUGAAGCCGUCCUAAGCUCUGACGUGCGUCGUACCGAGCUCAUGCAGCGUGAGAAGGAGAUCAACAUUCUCAUCGAAAAGGGAAACACAGAAGAAGCACUCCAAAAAGAGCUCAACGAAGUUUAUGCCGAGCUCGAGGCCAUUGGUGCAGAGGCUGCUGAGGGUCGUGCCCGCAAGAUUUUGGCGGGUCUCGGCUUUAGCGCGGAGAUGCAGGACCGGCCCACCAAGAACUUCUCCGGUGGUUGGCGUAUGCGUGUUUCCCUUGCCCGCGCUCUGUUUAUGGAGCCGACUCUGCUGAUGCUCGACGAGCCCACCAACCAUUUGGACUUGAACGCCGUCAUUUGGCUCGAUCACUACCUGAGCCGUUGGAAAAAGACGUUGCUGAUCGUGUCGCACGACCAAGACUUUUUGGACAACGUGUGUACAGACAUUGUUCAUCUAGAUAACAAGAAGCUUUACUACUAUCGUGGCAACUACACCUCGUUCAAGAAGAUGCACGUGCAGAAGCGCCGCGAACAGGAAAAGGCUUUUGAGAAGCAGCAGAAGGAGCUCAAAAAGCUGAAGCAGUCGGGUGUGACCAAGGCCAAGGCUGAGAGUCAGGCCAAGGCCAAGCAAGACAUGAAAAAGAAGGGCAACAAGAAGAAGGGAGAUGACGAUGAGGAAGAGGAUGGGCCUGAACUUCUCGAGCGCCCCAUGGACUACGUUGUCCGCUUUCACUUUCCCAACCCGCCCGAGUUGGCGCCCCCGAUCCUGGGUAUCCACGAUGUGAGCUUCCGCUAUAAUGAAAAGGCUGAUUGGCUCUUCGAUGGCGUGGACCUGGGUAUCGAUAUGAACUCGCGUAUUGCCAUUGUGGGUAACAACGGCGUCGGCAAAUCGACGCUGUUAAAGCUGUUGACGGGGGAUGUGAAUCCGACGCAAGGCGAGAUCACUCGCAACCACCGUCUUCGCAUUGGCGUGUACAAUCAGCAUUCCGCCGAGCAGCUGGGCAAGGAAGAAAGCCCUUCUGAGCGCCUGCAGCGUCUCUUCAACCUUCCCUAUCAAGAGUGCCGCAAGACAUUGGGCCAGUACGGUCUUGCCUCGCAUGCCCACACCAUCAAGAUGAAGGAUCUGUCCGGUGGUCAAAAGGCCCGAGUGGUGUUUGCCGAGUUGUCACUUUGCGCGCCCGACAUUAUCAUUCUGGACGAACCAACCAACAACCUCGAUAUUGAAUCGAUUGAUGCCCUUGUCAAGGCCAUCAACGAGUAUGAGGGCGGUGUGAUCCUGGUGAGCCACGACGCCCGACUCAUCCUUGAGACAGACUGCGAGCUUUAUGAGUGUGCUAAUCGCGAUUGCCGCCGCAUCGAUGGUGACUUCAACGAUUAUCGUGAUUUGGUCUUGGAGCGCCUCGAAAACGACGACAUUGUCGAGGUCGAAGGUCGCGUUGUCGAUACGGGCAAUCACGCCGAGGAAGAGGAGGAAGAGGAAGAGGAAGAAGAGGUUUUGUUCUGAGUCCUUCCAGCCCCAUCCACUUGGUACCGCCAAGGAUCGAGUGCUUUUUCAAUCUCAUGCAAGCGACACCGACCACCCCACUUUGUUGCGAGAUGGUACACGUCUUGUGCGCGUGUCAGGCAUGACCUGCUUCAAAAACAAAAUGUUUUCCAAUUCAGCGAUGACAAC